AUGGGUGAUAAUUCGGAUCUCCAUAUGACUCGGUUGGAACGUCUUCGAGCCAAAUAUCGGAUCCGGAAUCCGCUGAAACGCCGGAUUUUGUCCGAAUUCGCCGCCACUUCCUUUCUAAUGGUAAAUUCUCUUUCCAUCCUUGGAGAUUCUGUAGUAUGCUGGAUUUUCAGCCGGAGCCCAGACCACUCUGAGUCAUAAUACACAGAAUGCCGGAUCCUUGGGAGUCUCUAUGGCAUGGGGAUUGUCGCUUGUUUUCGCGAUUCAAAUGAGCUAUCAUCUUUCAGGUAAAGGGUGGUAAAACUCACGUCAACUGGAUCUAAAUUUGAUUGUAAUUUAAUUUAUUUAAUUUUCAGGAUCACAUCUUAACCCAGCCAUCUCAUUUGCCGCGUGGACUUUCGGGGAUUUGCCAUUUACGGACUUUCUUUUGUACACGGCCGUCCAAACGGCCGCUAGCUUUCUUGGCGCUUUUUUGACGUUUGUUAUGUACUUCGGUAAGUGGUCUAUAGUCAUUUUUAACAUGGGACUUUCGUAUUUUACAACCUCCUAGAAAUAUUUUUCUAUCAAACAUCUCAAAAUUUUAUAAUCAUCAUAUUUUUUUGUCAUGUACAAUAUCAAAAAUCUUCAUUCCAGACAAAAUCAACGAAUUUGACGGAGGUCAUCGUUCCGUUUCUGGUGACACAGGGACUGCUGGCAUCUUUGCAACAUAUCCCGGAAACCAUCUAAGUCUCGUUGGAUCGAUUUUUGAUCAAAUUUGUUGCACUGCUAUGAUGGCUUGCACCUCUUCGAUUGUGACUGACAAACGAAAUAAAAUCCCGAGUUGGGCACAGCCAUCGCUUCUGGGAGCCAUGUUGUUGACAAUUUGCUUGGGAUUCGGAUUAAAUGCGGGAAACGCAAUGAGUAAGGAAGAGGUGAUGAUAUUGUACUUGGGCUACAUAGAAAGAGCUAGUGCUCAGAGGAGCAAGCUCUGAUUUUUCUCAAAUUUUACAUAUAGCGUCUGCAAAGGUUGUUUAUCAAAGCCUAAAAGUUUCAGCUCGUUUUUUAUGGGCAGAGCUGGGAUAUUCAACAAAGUUUUUUUAGAGAGAGAGUGUGCAAAAUGAGGAGAGUUGGUCAGAUAAUUAAUUUUUUUACAUUUCAGACCCAGCUCGUGACCUUGGCCCUCGAUUAUUCACCUUCCUGGCCGGCUAUGGCAGUGAGGUCUUCAGUUAUCGCGAUUAUCAGUGGUUUCUGGUCCCCGUUGUCUGCCCUUUUAUUGGCGCCGUCUUGGGAAUGUGGGGAUAUCAGCUGAUGAUCGGAAUCCACAUCCCCGAUGAUGAUGAGGAAGAGCAGACGGACACUGGUAUCCCUGACAUUCCAAGCACAUCGGCUAGCCAGACGGAGAUUCUGGAACAUUUGGCACGGGCGAGAUUACACUCUUUAGUGUAA